AUGCGCUUCUCUAUUGUUGCUCUCGCUUCCACCAUCUCAGCUGCGGCUGCCAUGCCCGCCGAUGUGGCUGCUCUUCAGGACCGCACCAUUGCUUUCCCCGAGUGUCUUGCCGCGUGCACGCUCUUCUGCAUGACUCACGGAGACGCGCCUUGCGUCGCCGCCUGCGUUCCCAUCUGCGCUGCUUCGGUUGAGCCUGGUACUCCCAUCACUGAGGUCAAGCUCAUGACUGGUGGUCUUGGCUUCGUGACCAAGGAUGGCCAGGUCAACUCUGGCACUGUCCAGGUCUAG